AGACAAGACAAGUGGCUAAAUGAGUCAAAACGAAAAACACACUCAUAUCAUUUCACCACACUACAUCCACCUCAUCACGCCAGAGAACACUACACGUUAACACACACACACACACAUACAUCAAAACACGAUGACAGCAUACAAACUUUAACAAAAAGGAAUAGAAAGGAUAGCACUUCACCUUUCUUUUCGAUAACGUCGUUCGCAUCGCACCUCCGUGUUCGCAGCAUCCCGGUUUUCCGAUAUUUGGCACCCGCUUAUAUGUUUCAACAUUUAACAUCCAUUUUUAAUACAACCAUUUUUGUAAACUAAAAUCACUAACGAUACAUACAUUUAUCAUAACGUUGUUCAAUAUAAAUACAUAAAUAAUUCGUGAAUUAUUGUGUAAUAUUAUUAAAUUCAAUAAAUAUUUAUAACGUUUAUUCCGAAACAAGUGCGUUUCUUUCUUCCUUUAAAAAAAGGGAUUCGAUAAUCAAAAGUGAACAUCAAGGUGAGUUUUUGUUCAUGGUCCUUCGAGCCACAAAGAAAGGCACUGUGGCUAAAUAAAUAUAAAAAAAUUAAUAUACAUAUAUGUGAAAAAGUGUUUAAUAAAAUAAUAAAAAUUAUACAAGUGACAAACAAAAUCAAACAAAAAAGAAAACCAAACAACAAAAUUGUGCCAAAAACCGGUUUCGCGAAACAGCAAGUGCAGUGACCUAUAUUAUUUAAGGUACAUACAGUAUAUACAUAUGUAUAUAGUAUACACUGUGCUACAAAAAGGUACAGAUAUAAAUAGAAUAAAAUAUUUACCAAAUAAAGAAAUGUGCAGUGCAAAUAUUCAAAACAUACAUAUUUAAAUAUAACUAAAUUUUAUAAAAACAAAAAAAAUAGUAAUAAAUAAAAUAAAAAAAAAAAAUUUACAAAAAUAAUUAAAAUCUGUAAAGUUAUAUUGUUCUGCGACUUUUUACAUACAAAUACAAAACAACAAAAAUAUAAUAAAAAUACAUAUAUGUUUAAUGCUGUGAAAAAAACAAACAAAAAAAUUACAUAGAUGUUAAACAAAAUAAAAUUCAAACGCGCGCGAAACUAAAAUUUAAAACAGAAAUCGGGCGCGUUCUAACUAUAAAAUGAAAACUAUAAAAACACCAAAAAUUUAAAAUAUAAAUCGGGCGCGAAAUAAUUAGAAAAAUAUAAUCACACAAUAAAGCAACGAAGUCAUAUUGAAACAAUCUACAAAGGAGGAAACGGGAGCAAGAGGACACUAAACAAAGGAGGAAAUUAGGAAAGAACAUUAAACACAGGAGGAAAUUGGAGUAGAGGAUCACUAAACACAGGAGGAAACUAAAACAAAAGCAGGGGAUAAUAACUACAAAAUUAUCCAAUUUUACAUACGUAUUCUCCCAAAAACCCCUUGAGGCGAGACAAAAGCAAUAUGGACGUAGAAAUGGCAUCACCAUCAACGCCAACUAUGCGUUCGGUUGUUCCCGCUCCGCGCCCUGGAACUGCCCCAAUCGCAGCACGCCGGACCACCAUUCCAACCGCCGUGCCUCAACCAACAACAGGCACCACCGCGCCAACGGCCCCGGGCAAUAGCAUGGCAUCAACACCAGCAUCACCCGCACUAACAGCGGAUUUGCAGCGCAUUCGAUGCCCAUUGUGUCGACGCCCGCAUCGACUAUCGCACUGCGGCAUUUUUAAAGGCAUGCCACCGAUGCAACGCCAACAAGUUGCACAGGCACACGGCUAUUGCCUAAAUUGCCUGGGAACUACUCACGCAACGCAGGAGUGCCCGUCCAACAAUCGCUGCCAAAUCUGUGUGCGUUCGCAUCACACGCUGCUGCACCGCACUACCAGACGCGACGCAGGGCGACAAGCGGCUCCUCGCACCAGUGAUAACAUCAGGCGUUCUCAAAGAGCGCCUUUGAUACAAUACCGCCGGCGUGGACCCCCGUCUGCAGAAUCCCGUCACUGGCAACACCGUGCCACAUCAGCACGACGUCAGCAGCCUAGGCCGCAAUCCCGCCGGUCAACAGGCCUCAGCAGCGUCGUAGCCACGCUACAGCAGUUACAGCGGCUUCUAGGCUAAACAUUCGCCUAGGGGGGCCGGGAUGGCUAAAUGAGUCAAAACGAAAAACACACUCAUAUCAUUUCACCACACUACAUCCACCUCAUCACGCCAGAGAACACUACACGUUAACACACACACACACACAUACAUCAAAACACGAUGACAGCAUACAAACUUUAACAAAAAGGAAUAGAAAGGAUAGCACUUCACCUUUCUUUUCGAUAACGUCGUUCGCAUCGCACCUCCGUGUUCGCAGCAUCCCGGUUUUCCGAUAUUUGGCACCCGCUUAUAUGUUUCAACAUUUAACAUCCAUUUUUAAUACAACCAUUUUUGUAAACUAAAAUCACUAACGAUACAUACAUUUAUCAUAACGUUGUUCAAUAUAAAUACAUAAAUAAUUCGUGAAUUAUUGUGUAAUAUUAUUAAAUUCAAUAAAUAUUUAUAACGUUUAUUCCGAAACAAGUGCGUUUCUUUCUUCCUUUAAAAAAAGGGAUUCGAUAAUCAAAAGUGAACAUCAAGGUGAGUU